AUGCUGGGGGCUUUGAAAGGUCACCUGGCCCCGGCUCUGUCUUUGGCUGAGGAGAAUGAAAGCCGCCAGAGUCUCCGCAUCAUAGACGAGCGCACCGGGGCUGAGUACCGCGUGCCCAUCAAGCUGCACACAGUAGAGGCCAAAGAACUUGCUGCCAUAAGGGCCCCCGGGGGGCCCCCCUUGAGGGUUUUCGACCCGGGGCUGAUAAACACUUGCGUGGGCAGCAGCCGCAUUUGCUUCAUCGACGCGGAAAAGGGCGUCCUCAGGUACCGGGGCUACGCUAUUGAAGAACUGGCAGCUAGGGUUUGUUACGAAGAGGUUUUUUUUUUGCUGCUGUUUGGCGAUUUGCCAACAAAAGGCCAACUGCAGUUUUUGAAAACAAAAAUAAAACAAAUGGCCCAAGUUCCUGAACAAGUCAAAAGUUUGAUUAAGAGUUUCGACCGGCACGUCGAGGGUUUGGGCUUCGUGGACCCACAUCCUGAUUUGGAUUUAGUGGAGAACUUUCUUUACAUGAUUGACGGGAAGCCCCAUGACCCCGUCAUUGUCCGGGCGCUGGAGGUUUUGUUCAUUUUGCAUGCGGAACACGAACUCAACAACAGCACUGCAGCAGUUCUUCAUGUUGCUUCUUCGCACUCCGACAUUUUCACUGCGCUGGCAGCAGGAGUGGCAGCCCUCAGCGGCCGCAGACACGGAGGCACCAGCAAAGCGGUGGUUGAAAUGCUGGAGAAAAUAAAGUCGAAAGAUGACGUUAAAGACUUUCUCGAAAAAGUCAAACGGAGGGAGGCACGCAAACCCUAA